AAAAACAAGCACCACGAUUCGUUGCUCCAUGUUUAUUGUUCAAACUAGAUUUGGUUUAUCCAUUUGCAAACAAUAACAUCAUCAUCAUCGCAUGACACAAUAUUACAUCCUUGGAUAUGCCUAACAUGGCUUCCCCUCUGCUUCUUCCACUUUAUUCAACUUGUGGUAAAAUUCCCUCUCUUGCUGCUCCUCAAGGCAUUUCUGUUGAGAAACUUGGAAGAUUUGUUCUUAAAGUGAAGUCCUCAGAAACAAAGGAAUGCACUGCUAAUGCUACAUUUAAUACCAAUUCACGUAGAGACUUUCUUGGUUUAGCAUUAGGAGGAGUUUCUACCUUCUUCAUCCAUUCAUUUGAUGCUGCUAAUGGAGCUGGUUUGCCACCAGAGGAAAAGCCAAAAUUAUGUGACAACAAUUGUGAGAAAGAGCUUGAAAAUGUACCUAUGGUAACUACUGAAUCAGGUUUGCAAUACAAGGAUAUUAAAGUUGGGCAAGGCCCUAGUCCACCAGUUGGAUUUCAGGUGGCUGCUAAUUAUGUUGCGAUGGUUCCAUCUGGACAAAUAUUUGAUAGUUCAUUGGAGAAAGGCCAGAUUUACAUUUUCCGCGUUGGAUCUGGUCAGGUGAUAAAAGGACUCGAUGAAGGUCUUUUGAGCAUGAAAGUAGGAGGGAAACGUCGGCUGUACAUACCUGGAUCAUUGGCAUUCCCAAAAGGCCUUAAUUCUGCUCCAGGAAGACCAAGGGUGGCUCCAAACAGUCCAGUUAUAUUUGAUGUAAGUUUGGAAUAUGUACCUGGACUUGAGUUCGAUGAGGAAUCAAGUUAGGUUAGGUUGUCCAUUCCACCUUGAUUGUACGCAGUCAACCAAAAUUUAUUUAUUAACUAUGACCUUAUACAAAUACAAUUGUUAAUUCUUUUGAGGAAUAAACUUAAAACUUAUAGCUAUGUAGAGUUAUGUUGUUUGAA